AAUGGGAAACCAAACACCAUUCUCCUCGAUUUCCUUUUCUCAUUUCCUUUCCCCAUUCCUUCCCUUUCCCCUACUCAUUUGCAAGUUGGGCAUUCGACAAGUACUAGUCUCCUUAAGCAAACCCUCGAGUCCUCCCUCCCGUCCCCGUCCCCUUUCCCGCAUCCUCUUCCUCUUCUCAAAGCCGAUGAUUGGAUUGACAUGGGAGCCGAAGCUCCCGUCUUUCGGAACCGCCUCUUCUUCCUCUUCCUUUGGGACUCGCAAAACCCAAACCAAUCUUGAAGGGAGCACACUGUAUAAACCCACCUCCGAGCUCAUCGAUGGCUUGUAUGUUCCCCCAAACAACCCUAAAAAACUCAACAAAAUUCUGAGGAAACAACUCAAAGAUACCACUGGCUCAAAUUGGUUCGACAUGCCUGCCACAGUUGUUACGCCAGAGUUGAAGCAGGAUCUUCAGUUAUUGAAGUUGAGGAAUGUCAUGGAUCCAAAACGGCAUUAUAAAAAGGGUGAUUCUAAAUCGAAGACAUUGCCCAAAUAUUUCCAGGUGGGUACUGUAGUGGAGUCAGCAUCAGAUUAUUUCUCUGGUAGGCUCACUAAAAAGGAGAGGAAGAGCAGAAUUGCAGAUGAGCUACUUGCUGAUGGCUCCCUUGCUCAAUACCGGAAGCGCAAGGUUAGAGAAAUUGAAGAGCAUCAGCGUCCUGGUGGGAAUGAAAAAUGGAAGAUAAAGGGCAAAUUCACUCUAAAGCGUGCUAAGGAAAAGAGACAUUUGGCAGAACGGAGUCAUGAACCGUCUAGAACUGAUAAAAAGCGCUUCAAAAGAAUUUAAAGUUGUGAAUUGAGACAGGACACUUUAAACAAGUUUCUCGGCCGCCACUACUUGGCAAUUAGCUCAAAGUUUUGCUGCAUAACCUGAUGGAGCAGCUACAGGCAGUGAUAUCUUAUAGAGUAUAGAUUAUUCUUGUGUUUAUUAGAGUUGAUCAUCUUAUUUUGCUGAAGCUGGUGGACUACUGAUAGUAUGUUAUAUUACAGUUGUUCUGUGGACGACUUGAGAUAGUUUAUGUAAAAUUUUUGACAGUCCCAUUUGUUGGUGCAAGAUUUGUGAGUGAUUGGAUUGAUAAUUGAUAUGC